GCCGGCCGGCGCGGUGGUCGUGCUGCAGGGGGGCGAGGCGACCACACGCUACUGCAGUGACGCCGAGCACGAGUUCAGACAGGAGUCAUUCUUUCACUGGGCGUUCGGGGUCCUGGUACCGGACUGCUAUGCCUGCAUCGAGGUGGCCAGCGGGCGCACCACCGUCUUCUACCCGCGCCUGGACGAGGUGUACGCCACCUGGAUGGGCCGCCUGCUCACCGCCGACGACGUCAAGGCUCAGUACGGCGUAGACGACGUCAAAUACGUCGAUGAGAUAGCGAACGUCAUCCAGGGAAUGAAACCGGAUAUGCUUCUUUUGCUGGAAGGCGUGAAUUCGGACAGCAAGAAGACCACGCGACCUGCCGCGUUUGAUGGCAUGAGCAAGUUCAAGACGGACUACGGCCUACUGUACCCGGUCAUCUCGGAGCUGUGA